AUGGCUCGGGUAGCUAUCCGACGCGGCCAGUUAUACAUCAUCAAAACCCUUUGUAAAGGCGAGGAUCAUCGACGCAAGAUUCUAGGAAUCCUCAGUUCCAUUCAUCGAGCACUCAUAUCGGCUCCAGACCCCGCUGCGAUCCCGGACACCGAAUUCAUCUUCUCGGUGGAGGAUAAGCUCGAGGGCGUUGCCGGUUUGGGACAUCCACUGUGGGUGCUGACUCGGAAAGCUACUGAGAAAUAUGUCUGGCUGAUGCCGGACUUCGGCUUCUGGUCAUGGAACAACGGCAAUGUGGAUAAUAUGAUCGGCCCCUUUGACGGGAUCGUCGAUCAUAUUCGACAGAACGAGAUACCUUGGAACGAAAAGAUCGAUAAGCUAGUAUGGCGUGGAAAGCUUAGCUUUGCCCCGAAGCUGCGUCGCACGCUUCUUGAAGCAGCCCGUGCUCAGCCCUGGGGGGACGUUAACGAGCUAGAGUGGAAGAACAAGGCCAAUUUCCUGAGUAUAGAGAUCACUGCAAGUACCGGUUCAUCGCGCAUGUCGAAGUUAAGUCGCUCCUAUUCCGCGUCUCUCAAGUACCGGCAGGCCUGUCAAUCCGUUGUAGUGAUCCAUAAGCUGCAGUAUAUCCAGCAUCACCACUACCUCCUCGCGUCGUCCGGGCCUCAUCAAAAUUACGUCGAGGUGGAAAGAGAUUUCUCGGACUUGCAAAGCAAGUUGCAAGACCUACUCGAUCAUCCAGAUAAAGCGCAGAGGAUUGCCAAGAACAGCAUCAGGGUGUUUCGCGAUCCCUAUCUUACACCCGCGGCGGACGCAUGUUACUGGAGAGCUCUGUUGCAGGCGUGGUCCGCGGCAUCUCCGGGGAUGGCAGCCAGCAAGCUCUCGAAGGGCCUUCGAUUUGAGACCUUUGCAUUGCUCGGGUCGAGUGAAAUGCUACAUUCUGCUAUGGAUCAACCUCCGGACAUAUUUUAG